UUAAGGAGAAAUAAAGCGCAGCGAGCUUCGUCGUCAGCGCUGAAUGUAUAGGCGUUGGGAUGUUGCAUAGAAUUUCGGGAUAUUUCUCUCUUCUUACUUUAGAAAGGUGUUUGAUAUAAAUCAUCAUCAUCAUCAUAAUCAUCAUCGUCGCCAUCGUCAUCGUCAUCAUCAACGUCAUCGUCAACAUUCAGUUUUGUGAACUUUUAAGUUUCUCUGAAAUCCACCAACAAACAACAAAUUCUACUUACACGUAUACGUGUAAAAGAACAAAAUUGAUCAACUUAUCUUCAAUUUUGUUUCUUUGAGAAGACUUUAAAAACAAAAACAAAAAACAAAUCCAAUUCCUCAAUAUAUUUCAAGUUCCUACUUUAUCUCAUUUUAUCCCCCUUUUUCCCACAUUCUCAUCCUACCCCUAAUUAUCAUCCCCUUCCUUUAAUAUUACUUUAUAAUUUGAUCAUUCGUAUCAGGACAAGUUGAAUUUAUAUUAUUCACAAGGAAGAAGUGUCACAGUUAAACUAUAAACAAUUGGUGAUUUGUGUUUAAUUCGUGUGCAUUGUGAAGAAAAUUCCUUUUUGUAUCAGUUUAUUUAAUAUUUUUCAAAUCUAUAUAUAUUGUUCUAUUCCACCUCCUAUAUAUAGUUCCUCCUACCCCUCCUGUUCUUUAUCUCAUCGUGGACCCCUCACUUGGACUCGAGUUUAUACGAUUGUCCUUUGAUAAAGAGAUAUACAAGAAGAACCAACCCCAACACCGUAAACCACCGUCGUUGCUGACUUUUCUGGAUAUGACGAGGCAUGCGCCGUAAACAAUUCUGGGAUUGAUGUAUCACAGGGCGCAGAUCUCGAUUUACAUCGUACUGUGUACAGCGACGGUAAGCCUCGCUAUUUCUACGAAUCAAGAGAAAAAUACGGCCGAGAAUACAAAGUGUCCUCCAGAAUGCAUCUGUCUAUCCCAGAAGGUGAUUUGCAAUACGGGAGGCCUAGAAGAUAUACCGACCCAACAAUUACCAAUAGGAGUAGAAGAAUUGUCCUUAACGAAAAAUAAUUUUCCAAUAAUCAAAACCGAUGCAUUUGCUAGGUUACGUGUUCUGAAAAAGCUCUCAUUGGACGGUAACAAUAUCACGUCGAUAAGACCAUUCGCGUUUCGUGGAUUGAACAAAUUACGAGAAUUGUCGAUUCAGGACACACCGUUGUCCUACAUAGAAAAAUUUUCUUUCGCAGCACUUCAAAACGUUUCAUUAUUAUUAUUGGCGGGUAACAAGAUUCAGUAUAUCGAGGGUUAUUCCUUUGCAGGUACCUCAAACAUUCGAGCUAUAAUAUUAACUAACAAUCCAUUACUGAGCUUACAUAGUCACGCAUUUAGGGGUUUGACCAACGUAGUAAGACUUAUUUUUCCAUCUGGUAUUCGUAACAUAGAACCAGAUGCAUUCGAUGGAUUACACACGGUUGGUUUAUUGAAAUUAACCUUCAUGGAUUUAACCAGUUUAAAAUCUUACACGUUUCGUGGUUUGAGUCACGUGACUUCUUUGAACAUUCAAGAAUGCGACCUGGGUGUCAUUCAAAAAGACGCCUUUACAGGUUUGACUAACGUCGACCAUCUUAAUCUUCUCAACAACAAGAUAGACCUUAUUGAAAGAUUUCAUUUGAGGGAGGAAAAUGACGUAAACAUAUUCAGGUUUCAUGGUAAUCACGUUCUCGAAGCACCCCGUCAUGCGAAAGACAUCAUUUUAGAGGUAAAUUCGAUCAGUGCUUUUAACAAUCAUUUUCCUUGUGACUGUCAAGCCCAUAAUAUUCUCAAGAGUGAUUUCGUUAAUCAAAGCUCUGCUGAAUUUCAAAAUAAAAAUUAUUGUAUAUCGCCAAUCGAGUACAACAACAAACCUAUGAAUCAAGUUGAUUUUGAUCUUAUAGCAAAUUGUUACGACAACGUGGUACAGGACAAUCUUGGUUCGGGAGUUGUCAUAGUAAUGUCAUCUUCAUUGCCUAUUACAUUUUUCAUAUUUAUUCUUUUCAUUUUCAAAACUUUCUGUUUACCUUGAAUCGCGAUUUGUUGUACGGCAUCUUGGCUAGAAAAUUAUUUACAUAUCAAAGAAUAUUAUUAUCAUUUAUCUGUUAUCAAAAUUACAAGAAGUAG